AUGAGUAAAUUGGACGAUUUGCUGUCGAAAAAAAAAUCAGUUGUUCCAGUUUUAGACUUAAGUCGCAAUGUAAUUCAAACUAAGGAGGAAUACAAACGCUUGAUGGAAAAAGUGCCGGACUACAAAAUGCGCCCAAUUAAAGUUCGUGCUGAUGAAAUAAAAAUCAAGGAUAAGGAUUUUUCCUUUAAAAUGCCGAAAAAGGAAAUGAGGAAAUUGUUAAAGAGUAAUGGCGAACGUGACCCAUUGUAUGCAUAUGCCGACCCAGUGCCAAAUGAAAUGAAAGAUGUUGUUCUUAUGGACUUGUGUGCAGUACCAAUCGAUUGGAAAAUGCUAACCACUUUGCGGCCUAAAGCGAAAGUGGAUGAGGAAUAUUUCAGUCGAAUGGUCGAGAUGGGAAAGCUGCAGCUUAAGACGGAGGCACGGGAUAAGCGUGAGUUUGCACUUAACAAUUGUGUCAAGAAAGUUAAAAAUAAAUCUGGCAUUGUGGAAUCUCGUUUGAUGACAUGUGUUGAAUGCGGGGAAGAAUUAUGUUGUGGUCGUGCAUGUACCAAAUUCAAUUAUGAUUUAUUUGUUCGUGUGGAAACUAAGGCACCGAAACCGAAGCCCAUUCCCUCAAAUCAAAACAAAGGUAAAAUCAAUGGUCGCAAGAAACUGGGCGGUAAUGGUAAUAAAAUAAAAUCAAAGAAAACCUCAAACACUACGAAUCCAUCUGCUUUGUCGCAUUACAUUUGUAAAAACACCGGGAUAAAACAAAAAUUAAACAAAAAUAAAAAAAAAAUAAAAGAAAUAAAAAAUACCAGGAAGUCAUCCAGAUUGGUGCUGGUAUCACGAAAGGUUUGGUGAUAGAGCUAAUGCUUGUCGGCAGCCCUGUAGUUUUGUGGCAAGCUCUCAUCAGUCAAAAAACUAGGCACUCCUUCUACGUCGUCGAGCCGAGAAGGGGUUAGUGUUCGUAUAGCUCGACUUAGUAUUAAAGAUCCCGCCACGUCGACCGUUUUUCUCAUUGAUACUGGUGCGGACAUAUCAGUUUUACCGAAGUCGUUCUGUCGUUGGAAGCAAAGGGCUAACAGUGUUGCAUCAGUUAAUUUAUAUGCCGCUAAUGGUACGCCUAUUCAAACAUUUGGCGAGCGUCGACUGCUUUUGUCUUUGGG